AUAUUUUCGUCCUAAAAUCCGUCUAUAAAGACGCGCACAUCUCUAUCCGCACCUCCAUUCCAUUCGCCAACCCGGCACGUCUCUCAUCUUCGGCAGCAGCGGCUCGAGCUUGUAGCUAAGGUGGUGCGUUCUUGCGUCGUCGCCGUCCUCGGAUUGAUCCGGCUACCGGAGAGGAGGAGGAAGAACAGGUGUAGCGACCGGUGGCGAGAAUGUUGGCCAUAUUCCAGAAGCAGGUGGCGCACGCUCCGGCGGAGCUGAACAGCCCGCGGAGCAGCGCGGCCAAGCCCAAGAACCCCGACGAGAUCCUCAGGGAGUUCCACGCCCUGCACCCCAUCGAGGCCUUCUCCACCUCCUUCGGCGGCGGCGCCGCCCUCGCCUGCGUCGCCGGCCACGCCCGCAACGGCCUCUCGGGCUACGAGAGGAUGUUCUGCGGGCUGGAUGACAUCUACUGCGUGUUCAUGGGGAGGCUGGACAACCUGAGCAGCCUGAUCCGGCAGUACGGGCUGUGCAGCCGCUCCACCAACGAGGCGCUGCUCGUCAUCGAGGCGUACCGCACCCUCCGCGACCGCGGCCCUUACCCCGCCGACCAGGUCGUCAAGGACCUCUCCGGCUCCUUCGCCUUCGUCGUCUUCGACAACAAGUCCGGCGCCGUCUUCGCCGCCCUGAGCACGGACGGGGAGGUGCCGCUGUACUGGGGGAUCGCGGCGGACGGGUCGGUGGUGAUCUGCGACGAGAGGGAGAUCGUGAAGGGAGGGUGCGGGAAGUCGUACGCGCCGUUCCCGGUGGGGUGCAUGUUCCACAGCGAGGGCGGGCUGAAGAGCUUCGAGCACCCGAUGAACCGGCUGAAGGCGAUGCCGCGGGUGGACAGCGAGGGCGUCAUGUGCGGCGCCACCUUCAAGGUCGACACCUUCACCAAAAUCAACUCCAUGCCCCGCGUCGGCAGCGCCACCAACUGGGCCGCCACCUGGGACGACGCCGCCCUCUGAUCAUUCUGCUGUGCUAGCUGCUCCCCUUCACCCUCCUCGCCGAUUGCCUCCGCUGAUCUCUCCUCCUCCGAUGUGCUUCUCCGUUCAGAAGCAGAUUAUUAGAGCGAUAUAUUUGCAGCUAGCGUGGAAGCGCGCUUUCUAUUUUUCUUUUUCUGUUUUGCUUUUACUUAUUUUUAUUUCCCUUUUUAUGUAUCUUGGGCUCUCGGCAAUGUACAUUCUAUGUGGCGGGUAGCAUGCCAUGCAUGGUACAUACCAUGAAUGAACGAUGAUGAAAUAAGAAAGAGUUUGCUUCACUCCAGAA